UAGGAAGUGGUGAAGUGUGCUACGCCGCCGCCACGGUCCAGGAGAGCACAGACAUUACCUGCAAAAGCGUGAAAUAACUCCCGGCCCUGUAACUCAAUCUCUCCCCUCGCGGAGGGAAGGGAGAGAAAGGGAGGAAAGAAGAGAAGGAGAAAGAUGUAAAGGAGACGAAGGGAGAGAAAGCGAGAAACACAGACAGACAGGACGAAAGGAAUGGAAGAAGGGAAGACAUAAAAAAAAGGAAGGAAGGAAAAAACAGUGAGGAAAGGAAGGAAAAAAAUAAUGAGGAAAGGAAGGAAAAACAAGAAAAUGACGGAGGUGAAAAAUAUGAAUAAGUGAAAGAAGUAAAUAAGGAUGUAAGUAAGAAGAGGAAAAAAAGAAGAAUAAAAAGAAAACGAAGAAGUUUAACACAGUGAUGCUUUUCGUUAUAACUUUUUCGUGACUGCAAAAUUGUUAUGUAACUCUUGCGUGCGUGUGUAUGUGCGUGUGUCUGUGCAUAUGCGUGUGUGUGUGUAUGUGAAACCGACACACACAUGCAUGCACACGUCGACGAUGACUUGCUUGUUUAAGAGCCGCCGCGACGACCACGACCAUGGCUGUGACGCCGCUGCUACAGGGGGCGACCACGCUGCUGGGGCUGAUGUUGCUGGCGGCGGCGGGUUUCCCGGCGGGCGUCCAGGCGGGGUCAUGGCCAGCCCCUCAGCCCCCGCCCCCUGAGCUCCGAUCCCCGCCAGCCCCGCCAUCAGGAGGAACACACGCCGUCCCUCCGCCAGCUGCCCCGCCCGAGCCGCCAUCGUUCGACACCCGUGCCUCCGGGAACGUGACGGCGCUGUUGGGCGGGACGGCGACGCUGAGGUGCCUCGUCACGAACCUCGGGAACAAGACGGUGUCGUGGAUCCGCCACCGGGACCUACACCUGCUGUCCGUGGGCCGCUUCACCUACACGUCUGACCAGCGGUUCGUGGCCCGUCACGCCCCCGCCGCCGCCGCCACCCCCGCCCAGGAGUGGCUGCUGAUCAUCCACCACCUGCAGGAGCGGGACGCCGGCCUCUACGAGUGCCAGAUAUCCAGCACGCCGCCGCGCAGCCACCUCAUCCACCUUGCCGUCGUGGAGCCCGAGACCGCCAUCGUGGGGGGCCCGGACGUGUACCUCAACACCGGGAGUCAGCUGGCGCUCACCUGCACCGUCAGGUUCAGCCCCGAGCCGCCCGCCUUCAUCCUCUGGUACCACGGCGACAAGCUGGUGAGCUACGAGAGAACAAGAGGCGGGGGCAGAGGAGGAGGAGGCACCAGCAGCACCAGCACCAGCAGUAGUAGCAGCAGCAGUAGUAGUGGCAGCAGAAGCAGUAGAAGCAGAAUCAAUAGUAACAACAGCAACAGUAGUAGUAGUAGUAGUAGUAGUAGUAAAAGUAGCAAUAUCACCACGAGCACAAAUAGCAGUAGUAGUAGUAGUAGUAGUAGUAGUAGCGGCGUCACCUCCUCCCGCCUGUUGGUCCAGUCGGCGCGGCUCUCCCACUCCGGCGUGUACACCUGCGACCCGGCAAACGCCCGGCCCAGGAGCGUGAACGUGCACGUGCUGGCCGGUGACCAGCCAGCAGCCAUCGUUCACGACAACGGAGGAAGAAGUCUUCUUCCUCCUCCUCACCUCCUCCUCUUCCUUCUCCCCCUCCUUCCAUUUCUCCUUCCCUCCCUCUCGUCCAAUCUCCUCUUCCUCCUCCAAACCCACUGAUGUCCACU